GCAAAAUUCAAAUUCUAGUGUCGUUAAAAAUACCGAUAUUGCCUAAUUUAAUUAACAAUUAAAAUUCACCUCAAAUUAACGACUAACAUAUAUUUACUGAUAUUUUACAAUAAAUGCCAAAAAAAUAUUUAGGAUAAAUAAAAAAUAGUUAUAAAUCAUUGUAAAAUUAUUGAAAAUUUUUCUCUAGGCUCCAAAAAAUUUCGUAAAAAGUUAGUCUUUAUUUGACUCUAGCGUAGCGCAUUAACGUCCUUAAAUUAAAUGAAUAAAUAAAAAGUAGCAAAAUAUUUUUUUUUGUUAAUGAAAAUUUUAUUAAUAUUAAUUUUUUAGUUCAUAUGAGAACAAGGGUGUUUCGUAGAUCGCAUUUGCCCCCCGUAAAGUCUAAUUACGGUCAGGAUGAGCUUUAUCGAAGUUUUAUAAAUUUUUUUCAUGGACACGAAGGAUUGUUCAGAAAAGUUUAUGUCAGAGAUGAUGACAGUGUUGGAAAAAAUCAAGAACAAUUAGAGAGUCCUGAUGAUACUAAUCAUCUGGAGGUAAAUAAUGAAAUUGAAACGAGUGUCAAAAUUUCUGAUGAGAAUAAUAUGAAUAAUUCAACUGAUAAUGAUAAAAAUAAAGUUGUCGAAAAUCCAGAGGCUGAAAAAGAUGCUCAGAAGAAUCCGAAGCGUCCUAGUGGAUCAAAGCCUCAUUUGAGGAGCAGUAAGCGUAUUAAAAAGAAACUGAGUGAUUUUAUAUCAUAA